UUCUUCACAAAGAUAAUAGACUCAUCUCAAAAGCUCACACAUGACCCAAGAACCCUAGAGAAGAGGGAAUGAGAGAAUUCAUUCUCGAUUUUGAAUACAUCGCCGAAGGAUUUUGUUGACAAUCUUUUUCUCCAAUGGGUUUAAUCAAGAACACAGUUCAUUACUGUUGUGUCUCAAGAGACAAUCAGAUUCUUUACUCUUACAACGGUGGAGACCAAACCAACGAGAGUCUUGCUGCUUUGUGUUUAGAAAAGUCUCCUCCUUUUCACAAUUGGUACUUUGAAACUAUUGGGAAGAGAAGAUUUGGGUUUUUAUUUGGAGAUGGGUUUGUUUAUUUCGCCAUUGUUGAUGAGGUUUUGAAGAGAUCUAGUGUUCUUAAGUUUCUUGAACAUUUGAGAGAUGAAUUCAAGAAAGCUGCGAGGAAUAAUUCUAGAGGAAGUUUUACUGCUAUGAUUGGUUCUAUUAAUGUUGAAGAUCAGCUUGUUCCUGUUGUUGCUAGACUUAUAGCUUCGCUUGAACGUGUUGCUGCUGAGAGUACUAACAAUGAAUUGAAGAGUAAUCUUGGUGAACAAAGCGAAGUUUCGAAUUCGACUAAAGCUCCGUUGUUGGGGAGGUCAAGUAAGCAAGAGAAGAAGAAAGGGAAAGAUCAUGUGAUUUCACUUAGAGGCAUUGAGGUUGAAGAACACAGAAAGUCUAAUGAUAGGGAGAACAGAACCGAUGUUUCAGCGGGAGCGGGAGCAGGAACGUCGUUGGAGAAGGAAUGUGUAUCGAGUAGAGGACGUUCUGUUACUCAAAGCUUUGAAUGGAAAUGGCGGCGUUUAGUUCAGAUUGUUCUUGCUAUUGAUGCAGCUAUUUGCUUGACACUGUUUGGUAUUUGGUUGGCUAUAUGUCGGGGUAUCGAGUGUACACGUUCGUGAUCUACAAAUUCUGUUUCUGAUUGUGUAAAACAAAACUCGGAUAUACACGAUAUCGAUUCUUUACAUUCCCUUGUGCAAUUCCAGUAGGCAAAACUAUGCAGCAUUGUUGAUUGUAUGUGAAGCCUUAAGUUACAAUUUUGCUUUAUUCACAGCUUUGAAUAUGUACAGUUGGAUCUAGUUUCUGUUCAGUGUUAUUUGUGACUUCACGAUA